GUCCACCUAGUCCCAAAGCGCUAUCUCUCCUUGUCCGGCCGCCGGAGCCCCAAAAGAAAUCGGAAAAAAAAAAUCUCGCUUUUCGUUUUUCGCUGGCCGCAUCAUCCACUUUCCACGCGAUUUCUAUCUAGGUUUUAGCCGAUCAAUCCAUUCGGAGCAUGAGCUCACGAGGAGCGCGGCAGCCGGCGAAGAGGGCAGGGCGGGUUACUCGCAGGAAGAUGGCGAGGGGGAUUGAUCUCAACGCUCCUCCGACGUUGGACGAACACCAGCCGGUGGCGGCUCCUUUGCAGCCUUCGCAGGGUUCGGUCUCUCAGUGGCCGGAGUUGGGGACUCUGGGAAGGUCCACUUGGCCGAUCGAUGUCGAAUUGAUAGAGGAUGACGUUGUUGUUUGUGCGAGAAGCCGGUCCAGGAGGAACGAGCCCGUGCAAGUUGUUGAAGAUGAUGAACCGCAGGUCAUUCUGGGAAGUUCAGAUGAGUUAUAAAGGAUUGUUUCAUGGGAACUGAAGGCAUCAAGAAGAUGAAAGCAUGUGAAGUGGUGAGCGAAAUGUGAAGAUGACAUCUGGUUAAUUUGGAGCUAGUUAUGGUGUCUUUAUAUAGCUGAGCAUCUAUUAGUUGACAUC